UCUCUUCAAUGAAAAAGAGGAGGAGGAGGAAGAGGAAGAGAAAAGAAGAAAAUGCUGAGCAUGGUUUUAUUGGAUAUUCACCGGAACUGCUACAGAACAACGCUCUGCCAGAUUACAGUCCCGGGGAGUCUUUUUUCACUGUCUUUGGCGUGUUCUUCCCGGCGGCUACAGGAGUCAUGGCCGGCUUCAACAUGGGGGGCGACCUCCGGGAGCCUGCUGCCAGCAUCCCCCUGGGCUCACUAGCAGCUGUUGGCAUCUCGUGGUUUCUGUACAUCAUCUUCACCUUCCUGCUUGGCGCCAUCUGUACCCGAGAGGCCCUGCGCUAUGACUUCCUGAUAGCUGAAAAGGUGUCCCUAGUGGGCUUCCUAUUCCUUUUGGGCUUAUACAUCUCAUCCCUGGCCUCCUGCAUGGGAGGACUCUAUUCAGCCCCCCGGAUCCUGCAGUGCAUUGCCCAGGAGAAAGUGAUUCCUGCACUUGCCUGUCUGGGACAAGGGAAAGGGCCAAAUAAAACACCUGUAGCUGCCAUCUGCCUAACCAGCUUGGUGACCAUGGCCUUUGUCCUUGUGGGUCAGCCUCUGCCAUGUGCCUGGGCCAGUGCUUAGGGAGGGCACGGACACUCCCCACUGCUCUCAGCACCUGCUGUUGGAGAAGGCUCCUGGCUAUGGUUCCGAGAAC